AUGGAUGGUUUACAAACGAGACUGGAGCAAGGAGGAAUCGUCAAAACUCCUGCACGCACGGGUGACAACCCGGUGAACGUGCACGUUUCUUCCGUUCAGUCUGUCAUUCGUAAUGCUCAUCUGGUCCAAUAUCACUGGAAAGAUGUUGACCUUGAAGCGAAGCGGAAGGCAUGGGAAGAAACUACACUCGAAGUGGCGAAUGCACAGGAAUCAAGCGCAGCCUCUCGAAAAGCUUUAGCAGAAUCCACAAAGAAUUUCAGAAAAUUGCCGGACGAAGAGAAGUUAGCUGCCUGGGGAGCGCUACUCAAAUCCUACCAGUCAGAAAUUGACAGCUUGACAAAACGCUGCAAAGCUGCUGAACUCGCGUUCAUCAAUGUGUUCAAGGCCUUGCGAGACGUGCCUGACCCAACAGGGAUGUUGAGCACUCUUUGUGAGGAGCUUGAAAACAUGAUUGUGUUGAAAACGGCCUAUGACAAGGUCAGCAAGGAGCUGGAUGAAUACAAAGAGGAAUUCCAGUCGUUGAAGAAUCAAGAUGUAACCAUAAGACGGCUGGAGGAAAAGAUCGCAUCGUUGGAAGAGGAACGUGAGGGAUACGUAGCAGCUGCCCUGGAUGAGCAUGCACGCGCCUUGGAGGUCCAGACCAAAGCCGCUAUGGAAAGCAAGGAAAAGAAAGAAAAAGAGCUCGAAAAUCAGGUCAAGCAACUAAAGCAGAGCAUUGUUGAGAUGCAGAGGAAGAACGAUGAGGCUCAGGCACUUCAGCUGGAGAAUCAAGUUCAACUGGAAGCAGAGAUUGCGGCCAAACACUCUCAGAUUGAUUUGCUUUCUGAGGAAGUUGAUCGCCUGUCCGCUCAAGUCACAGCUACUGAAAGAGAAAAAGAGCAAAUCAAUUCGCAAUAUCUUGAACUCUGGAGGAAGCACUACACAAACGGUGAGGCUGCUGCGUCUGGUACGACCUCGUCCACUUCUGCGAAGGUUGUGGAGUUGGAGACUGCCCUUCAGUCCAAGGAGGGUAGACUUAAACAGCUUUGCCUACAAGUCGAAAUUCUUGAGGAGUCUGUGCAGAAAGAGCGAGAUACAGCGCAACAGGCGGCAGAACAACAUUUGCGGCAACUGAAAGUGAAGGAACAGGAGAUCGAACAUUUGAAACAGACGAUCUCUGAGUUGCCUUCACAAGCAGACUACAGACGCCUCAAGAGACAAAUCCAGAUUUUACAAGCAGUGGAAUACAACAUGCCAGAUGCUUUAGAAAGUGCGAUGAAUGAGUCCGACGAAGAGCAUGAGGACGAAGACAACAAAGGAUCCGAAAUCCGUAAGCUGGAAGAGAUUCUCAUUGCUAAGAAUCGGCAGUUGGAUUCGAAACUUACUGAGACGAAGAGGCUUCUGGACUCCACCAAUGACGAGCUGAAGGAGCUCAAGAAGAAGGAGACAGAAGCUGAACAGAAAAUUGCUGAGCAAGCUGCGCUGAUCGCCAAACUUGAAGACCAGCUUUACACGCAGCAGAGCCCACUCUCGCAAGGCUUUUCUGCGCAACACCUUUCCGCACUCCUAGACUCCAAAGAUCGUGAUCACGACGAAGAAAACGUCCCUGCGAAUCAAAACUCUCUUGCGGCAGCAGUGGCCGAGCAGAGGGAUCGUUUCCGAGCCGCAAACAUUGCGCUGGAAGCUGAGAACACUGCAUUGAAGAAGAGACAGACCAACUUGGAGGGGGAGAUCCGAACUCUCCGUUCGGACAACGUGAAGAUGUACGAGAAGAUCAAAUAUUUGGAGAGUUACCGGCCAGGAGCAGCAGCGAGGGGAAAUCACUCGGACGUUGAAGCAGGAAUCGACACUUUCCCACAUGCUGACAAGUACAAGGCGCUGUACGAAGAGAGUUUGAAUCCCUUCACUGUGUUCAACCAGAAACAGCGACAGCUGAGAAAGGAGAAGAUGCCACUACAUGAGAGGCUGAUGCUGGAAAUGUCGCAGUUCUUCUUGGGGAAUUCUGUUGCAAGGAAAUUCUUGUUCUUCUACAUGGUCAUUAUGCAUAUUCUCGUGUUCGUCACUCUCUACCGCUUCACUCACAAUACCGGAUGUCGUAGAAUAUCCGGAGGAGGUGCAGCGGCUGCCGCUCAGGCUGCUGGUCAGGCCGCAGGAGUUGCAAUUGCCCAGCAGAUGUUGGCGAAGAAAAUGGAGGCGUCACCAUGGCCAGCAGCUAGCAAGCGAUAA